AUGACCACAUCGUCGUCUCUGAACCCACGACCAGUUUUCUGGCAGUCCCUCGCCGCAGGUGGACUUGCAGGCACAACCGUCGAUCUGCUCUUUUUCCCGAUAGACACGCUCAAGACGCGACUGCAAGCACCGCAAGGAUUUGUGCAGGCUGGUGGGUUCAGAGGAAUAUACAAGGGUGUUGGGAGCGUCGGUGUGGGUAGCGCUCCAGGAGCGGCGGUUUUCUUCGCCACAUACGAUACCUUGAAGCAGCACUCUCCGCUGCCUGAAAGCAUGGUGUCAGUAACCCAUGUAUGCUCCGCAUCUCUCGGCGAAGUAGCUGCGUGUCUGGUCCGUGUGCCCACCGAGGUCAUAAAGACACGCGCUCAAACGUCAAUAUAUGGUCCUGGGCAAUCUUCUCUCUCUGCAGCGCGACACGUGCUCGCCUCUGACGGCUUCCAUGGGCUGUAUCGUGGGUUUGGAACUACAAUAAUGCGCGAGAUUCCAUUCACAUCUAUCCAGUUCCCUCUCUACGAGCUUCUCAAAACCAGACUUUCCGUCUACACACGCCGGAAACCACUCUACCCACACGAAGCAGCCGUCUGUGGUAGUAUCGCGGGCGGGAUAGCGGCAGCGACCACUACUCCUCUGGAUGUGCUCAAGACGCGGGUUAUGCUUGAUAUGCGCGCUCUGGGUGCUCAAUCUACUACUAUGCCUUCCAUUGCUACUCGAUUUCGCUCCAUUUACGUCAACGAGGGACCCAGUGCAUUGUUUGCGGGUGUUUUGCCCAGAACAAUAUGGAUAUCAGCUGGUGGGGCUGUGUUCCUUGGUGUUUAUGAAUGGGCAAUUGGAGGGCUGACAAUAAACGUAGCAAGUCUUCCAUGA